AUGGGAAGCGGGGACGAGUUAGACAAUGGGGACAAAUGGGAAACAAAAGGACACAAUGGGACAGAGGAGCAGCAUAACAUAGACCUGGUGGAGCUGCUGACGCACUCACGCGACGCCAACGAGCUGCGCCACGCGUGGGUGGAGUGGCGGCGCUCCUCAGGCGAGAAGUGCAGAGGCCUCUUCGAGCGCUACGUGGCGCUCAGCAACGAAGCCGCCGCGCUCAACAAUUUCACCGACAUGUCCGAGAUGUGGUUGGAGCCAUACGAAGCGAAGGACUUCCGCGACCAAGUGCGCGAGCUGUGGGAACAGCUGCGGCCGCUCUACGAGCAGCUGCACGCCUACGUGCGCCGGAAGCUGCAGGAGCAGUACGGGGAGGCGGAGGUGUCGCGGGACGGUCCUAUCCCCGCGCAUCUGCUCGGCAACAUGUGGUCGCAGUCGUGGGCUGCGCUGGUGAACGAGACCCGGCCGGCGCCUAACACGCCCCCGGCCGACGUCACCCCCGAGAUGGUGCACCAGGUGCUCUGCCCCUGGCCGCCCGCCUUGCGCGACUGUCGCCUGCGACCGCCCCGUGCGACUGCCUUGCGCGACUGUCUCCUGCGACCGCCCCGUGCGAAUGGCUACACGCCGCUGCGGAUCUUCAAGCUGGCGGAGGAGUUCUUCAUCUCCCUCAACAUGAGCGCCAUGCCGGACCUCUUCUGGGAGCGCUCCAUCCUUGAGAAGCCCGCGGACCGCGAGAUCACGAUCAAGCAGUGCACCCGUGUGGACAUGGAACACAUGUUCACCGCGCACCACGAGAUGGGCCACAUACAGUACUUCCUCCAGUACAAGCACCAGCCGGUGGUGUACCGAGAAGGCGCCAAUCCAGCAAAAGAAGAAUUGCGAUGCGAUUUGGUGAAGCAGUGCACGCGACCCGACAUGAAGCACCUGCUGACAGCUCACCACGAGAUGGGACACGUUCAGUACUACCUGCAGUACAAGCACCAGCCCGUGGCCUACCGGCGGGGCGCUAAUCCUGGGUUCCACGAGGCGGUGGGCGACGUGAUGUCGCUGUCGGUGUCGACGCCCAAGCACCUGCGCCAGGUGGGGCUGCUGCGGGACGAGGGCCCGCGCGACGACGACGCCUCGGCGCUCAACUAUCUCUUCCUGCAAGCGCUGCAGAAGGUGGCCUUCCUGCCCUACGCCUACCUCAUGGACCUGUGGCGCUGGGACGUCUUCAACGGCAGCGUCACCUCCGACGAGUACAACUGCCGCUGGUGGAGGCUCAGGGAGCAAUACCAGGGCAUCGAACCACCGGUUGAUCGUACUGAAGAGGACUUCGACCCCGGUGCAAAAUACCACAUUGUGGCCAGUGUACCGUACAUCAGGUACUUCGUGAGCUACGUCAUUCAGUUCCAGUUCCAUCGCGCGCUGUGCCUGGAGGCAGGUCAGUUUGACCCCAAUGACCCUAUGAAGCCCCUCUACGCCUGCGACAUCUACGGCAGCACUGCCGCCGGGAACAAGCUCAAGGCGAUGCUGCAGCUGGGCAGCAGCCGGCCGUGGCCCGAGGCGCUGGAGGCGGUGACGGGGUCUCGGCGCAUGGACGCGUCGGGGCUGCUCGACUACUUCAAGCCCCUCUACGAGUGGCUCAAGGCCGAGAACGCUCGCACGGGCGAGCGCGUCGGCUGGGGGCCCUCGCGCAGAGCGUGCGUGUCGACGCGGGACGAGCUGGAGCGCCUGCGCCGACCCGACGACAAGAUGGACGCCAACAAGAUGGAAGCCGACAAGAUGGACGCCGAGAAGAUGGGGGAUGUCGUUCCCGCCGCCCCAGAAGCUGUCCCCGAAGUCGCGGCCGCCGCCGCAGUUGUUCCCGAAGCCGCCGCAGUUGUUCCCGAAGCCGCCGCCGCCCCCGCGGCCGACGCUCCCGUUCCUGUCCCCGCCCCCGCCGCCGUCGCCGCACCGUCCGAUUCCGCCGCAGACGAGGUCGUCCCUGCCGCAGAGGCACCAGUCGACCGGCGAUAGCCCUAGCCACAGCGCGACUGGACCCUCAGUCGCCCCCCUCCAAUUCUUCCAGCUACUCAAGCAUAAUCUCAAUUGUUCUGUGGUGUUCGGGCUAGAGAUGGAUGAGAAUAGACGGCUUUCAGCUAUGUUCCUCACAGUGGUUCGGCUAGACGGAGGGCAGCGGUUUGCUUUGGGAAUUUGAAGUCAAUUUUAUCAGAGAAUAUAAUUACUAUAAGAGGUCGAUUCGUUACAGACCUAAAUAACAAAUUUCAGUGUAUUACUUGCCCGAACACGAAAAAUAUGUUGUACAUGUUCUCAGUACACUACCCAUAUUAUUGGGAUAAACACUUUUUAACUAUUGUUUAUACCGUAUUUAUUUCAGAGUUUAGUUCAAGCAUGAAGAUCUUCGUUGAGCUCAGUUAAUGACAAAUAUUUUCCAUUUUAAGUCUCAAACUACACAAAGAUCAUCUGGUGGUGCUAUACAAAAUGAAUAUUGAAAUUCUAAAAUGUAAUUGUUAAUUGCAAUAAAUACACAAGUGUGCUUAUUACAUAAUAGUUGUUAUAUUUCUAUAUCGGCUUCUGGAUGUGAAUUUGACUGAUAGAAAAGAAUUUACUUCAGGCGUCAAGUAUAUAUUAAUGUUGAAAUGAUAUGUUAUUAGAGCUACUAUUAUUUAUUGCAAACGAAAGAAGAAUUGCAGCUAAAAUGACCGUGAAUUAGCGAGUUGAAAAACCAGAGGUACUGCUGCUUGCAUUUGUACAUUAAACUUGGCGGAAGUAUUAUCCAUUUGUAGGUUCCGCAUGUGCAUUUUAUCACUCUUAAUUUCAUUUAUGAAAUUGUACAAAGGGAGACAUGAACUAUCUUUUAGGCAAUAUAUUUCAUCGACAGAAAUCUUACCAGGCGAAGCUAAAGUCGAAAUUAAUUUACAAAGAAAAACGAACAGAAUUAUGAAGAAAACUUCAUA